AUGUCUGGGGGAAUCGUUUCACGUAACCAGACUUUUCAGCCUGUCUCUUUAUAUAAUGCUCUACCGCCUACGUCGUCGUUGGCGUGGGAACCUCAAUGUAAGCUUUUCGAUGGUUUGAUGUGUGUAUCCGAGAUACUGAGCAAGAGCGACGAGAUGCCAUGGUAUCAGCUUAAAUUCAAGUGGGACGAAGGCUUGAGUUCUGAUUUCCUGUUUAGCAGUACAGAUAUUAUAAAGAACACCGCCCAAUUUGAAGAAACGAUAACAAAACGUGAACAGUGGUACAAGGUGAAAAUGAAAUGUUCGAAAAGACGGUAUGUUGCUCUAGAACUGCGCAUCGACGAUGCUACUGAAGAGCAGCGCUUCAAAGAUCUUCUGUUCCGGAUCCGAGAAGAGUAUGAAAUGAUAGAUGAAUUAACCGGAGAAGUUGAACAAGACAGCUUGCAAGACACCGACAUUCUCAGCUCGAGCUGGUAA